UUGUCUGUCUCUCUACCCGCGGAGGUUAUCCAGACAAAGAAGGCCCGUUGUUCGCACAUUCCGCCCUAAAUAGCUUUUUCCCACCGCUUCCGACGCACAACAUCCCAGGAAAAAUAUGAUUUCGAUGCUCCCAACAGACCUCUUGCCUCACAUCCUUUGGUCAGCAUCUUCGAGGUGCAUCUUCGAGGUUUGGACCGCCCACCGGCUUCAGUGAGGGAGGAAACCUCCCCCUCUGCUGACCCACUGCAUCAGCACACUCAUCCCCAGAGAGCUGUGUGUGAAGAGCCGGCCCCCUUGUGGAGAUACAAGAGAUAAACCACAUGAGAUAAACCCAUGAGCGAGACCACUAAACAAGUUUGCAAAGUUUAAGUAAACAUGGACGUUGGGUGAAUGUCACAUGUUUCCAGUGAUUGGUAGCUCAAGAUCCAUCAUUACUGUUGCACUCAGUUCACUCACACACCCACAGAGACACCAUGAGGCUAUGGGCCGUCCUACUGCUCGCUCUGCUAGCCACUGCAUUUGCUGCAGAAGAGUCCUGUAUGGGCCGCUGUGAGAAUGGCUUUGACUCCCAGAAGAACUGCCAGUGUGACUCCAUGUGCAAGUAUUACAAGAGCUGCUGCUAUGAUUAUGAGGCCACCUGUCGCAUGAAUACUCGCGGGGACACAUUUGUUUUUGCAGAGGAUGAUGAUGACUUUUUAGACAGCAGUCCCACGCCAGCCGCUGGACGUCAACUGAAUGAUGAGUCUCUGCCUGUUAGCCAUCAUCGGCCGACGCCCCCACACCUCUUCACUCCAAUCUCUAGUUCUAAACCACGGAAACUACCGUCAACAACACCAGAAAUCACCACAGCCACAGAGGCACCAGAGACCAUCACUGAGACAGUCCCCGUUAUGCAGAUAACACCGACUGCAGAGAGUGCCACCAAAACACAAAAGGCCCCCAUCUCACAGGACCCCAUCAAAGUCCCAGUGACCCACGCGGCACCUGUCACAACCACAGCCCCGCCUACAACCACCACCACUGCAGCCCCUGACCCAGAUGCAGAGACCUGCAGUGGGAGGCCUUUUGACUCUUUUAUGCAGCUAAAGAAUGGCUCUAUCUAUGCCUUUAGGGGGGAAUACUUCUUUGAACUGGAUCAGAAGUCAGUGCUUCCUGGUUACCCAAAGCUCAUAAAGGAUGUGUGGGGCAUCAGCGGACCUAUUGAUGCCGCCUUCACACGUGUCAACUGCCAGGGCAAGACCUACAUCUUUAAGGGAAACAAGUACUGGAGGUUUGACAACGGUGUCCUGGAUCCUGACUAUCCCAGAGAUAUCACUGUGGGCUUUGACAAUAUUCCUGACCAUCUGGACGCAGCUUUUGCCCUCCCUGCCCCAAAUCACCAUGGCAAAGAGAAGGUCUAUUUUUUCAAAGGGGAUCAGUAUUACCUGUAUGAGUUCUUGCACCAGCCUUCCCAUGAGGAGUGCAUCACCAUUUCUGAGACAUCUCCCUCCAUGUUGUUCAGGCGCUACACCGACAUGUACUACAACAACUACGAGCCCUUUUUCAGUGAGCUCUUUGCUGGCAUGCCACAGCAUCAUAGCGGCCACCACUUCAUCAACAGGGAUUGGAAGGGCAUCAAGUCACCAGUGGAUGCUGUCAUGGCUGGAAGGAUUUAUGUUGGUCCCUGGAGCCCACCGCCAAGACGCAACGACUACCGCUUUGACCAGCAGUGGGGUCAACAACAAGGCCAACAGUGGAACCAGCAGUAUGGACAACAGUGGGACCAACAGUACGGGCAACAGUGGGGCCGUCGCAGGCAAAGCCGUUCACCCUGGGAGCCCAUGGCUGCCCAGGGUAUGGCCAUGGGCCAGGGCUUUGCUGAGAGAGGGAUGGAAAUGGGGCUGAGGCUGGCGGAGAGGGGAAUGGAAAUGGAAGAAAGGCUUGGACGAGGGUGGGACAGACGAUGGGAUCAAGACUGGGAUCAGGACAGACGGAGGGACGGGUACCGCCGCUACAACAAUGGCAACUAUGACUCCAGAUACAACCAAAGAGAUGACAGGGCCUACUGGGAUUUUAUCAGCAGGAGUCAGCCCCUACAGAGCGUCUACUUCUUUAAAGGAGAUAAGUACUACAGAGUGGAUUUGAGGACCAAGAGGGUUGACCCUGCCGUUCCCCCAUAUCCCAGAUCAAUUGCCAAAUACUGGCUCGGCUGCUCAGACACCACUGGGGCAGAGAAGUAGUGGUUUCAUCCCUCAAUACUCACUAAUGUUUGAAAUGUGUUCAUACGACAUCAGGCAGUGUAAAUCUGUGAUUAUGUGUAGUUUUAUCUGUUUUCUGAGUCUGGACUAUAUGAACUGUGUGUGCAGGAGAACAUUCUUUCUCAAUUAAACAGACUGUACAAUAGUGACUAUUUAAA